GAGGGGGCUCUUCAGUUUGGAGAAGCGUUGUUCGCAACCGACACAAGAAAGCUAGUAACAGGUAUGUCUCCAGAGAAUGAUGUCCAAAGUCCCUCCCUUGGUUUCAGUUCUACCAGGGACGAUCUCACUAUGAGUUGUGGUGAUCUAGAUAGUUCCCAUGAGCCUGGGAGAAGGAGCCGGGCACGCAGCAGUCUCCAGACAAGAACCCCCGAGGCUGACAUCAGUUGUCAUGGAGACUUUGCCAGUGGAAAGAGCCCUUUCCUGAAAAUACUAAUGGAUGCAGAAGCAGCUGCCAACUCUGCUGCCAUACACCUUGUGUCUUUUAAAGAUGCAAUGGAAGAUGAAUUUGCUGAUUCGAGACACUCUGCCGUAGAUAAACGCCGAAUUACAAGGCAGAGAGGACUUUUGCUGGAGAAGUUGGAGGAUUUUAAACGAAUAAAUAAAUCUGUUCGGCAGAAACUGAAGCGGCUCCAGGAAGCCGAGGCCAGUCGAACUGAUGCCGACCAACAGAUUGACAUCUUAUUGAAGAAGAUCACACAGGCAGAAAGUGAAAAUGAACAUUUAAAAAGAGAUUUGAGUGAGACAGAAAGAAGAGUUGAGGAGCUGAUGGAUCUGCGAAAGGAAGAGCAGGGCAACAUAAAGACUGCAGUUCACAUGACCAAGUCUGUGGAAGCGACUCGUGUUCACCUGCAGGGGCAGCUGCACAACAAGGAAGCUGAAAACAACCGUCUGACUGCACAGCUACGGACUCUGGAAAGAACCCUGACUGAACAGAAGAUGGAGAUUGAUGAUCUGAGAGGCUCCAUCACCUCUUUGACUGACAAGGCAGCACAGGACAAAGAAUCUCUCAAGAAAGCCACUCGAGCACAGAAACAGAGAGCUGAGAGAUUUGAAGCCGCCAUUGAGAAAUGCUAUGAACAGUUGAAGGAAAAGGAUUCUCAGCUGGCCAACGCUCGUUUAGAAAGAGAAUCCAGGAGACGGCAGAAGGAGCAGAUGACAGAUGAGAAAGACAAGCUUGAUGCUCAUGUAGAGUUAUUGAAAAGUCAAAUCGCAGACUUGACAGCGCGGCUGCAGAGGGAGAAGUGUGAGCUCACUGCGGCUAAUGAAACUGUGAUGCAGCGUGUUGAAAAACUCAGCGCUGAAAACGGAGACCUCAGCGUCAAUAAUGCAGCACUCAAGGUGUCUGUUGCUCAGUUGGAGCAGCAGCUGGAUGAUUGUGAGUCAGCACUGAUAGAGGAGAAGGUUGUGUCCCAGGAGAGGAAACAUCAAGCCGAACAGAGUCAAUAUCAGGUCACAGAACUUCAGGCUGAGAUUGAAGAUCUGAGAAUAAAAUAUGCAAAUAUUUUAAAAGAGACGAAAGAGAUGUGUGAUGGGAAAAGUACAACAGCUGAUAAGGUGAGGCAGCAGCUGCAGACACGUGUGGAGGAACUGAUGGCUUACCCUGAGUUACUGAGUGCAGCCGAGCAGAGUCUCUUCGAGUGCCAGGAGAACCUGCGGCGCUCAGAGAGGAAGUGCUCACAAAAGUCAGAGUCCAUUAAGCAACUGCAGGUUAAGAUGGAGGGUCAGACAAAAUUGCUGAGCUCAUCUAUGGAGAUGAAAGAAUCCAUCCAUGAGGCCAAUUUACAACUACAAGAGAAAUUGAAUUCUCUUCAAAAGCAAAUGGACAAGCUGCAGCAGGAGAACCUGGAGCUCGUACGGAGGCUCGCAGCUCAGGAGGAAGCGUUGAGCUACAGUAACCGGCAACUGGAUCAGCGCUCGACAGAGUGCCAGGCCCUCAGCCGGCAGCUGGAGGCUGCUUUAUCAGACGUCAAAAAACAGGUCAACAAGGUAACAGACCAGGCUCAUUCCAGAGAAGAGGCCCUUAGUACCAAAAUCCUGGAGCUGGAAGCAGAGAAGAGCAGAAGGGAUAAUGAGCUGAGGCUUCUUCGCCAGAGUAAGCUGACUGCAGAGAGGCAGUUUGAGGUGCGUCUGAAGGACCUGCAGCUGAGCCUGGACCAAUCAGAGAGCCACAAACAAAGCAUUCAGAACUAUGUUGAUUUCCUCAAAAACUCCUAUAAGACAAUGUUUGAUGAGGGCCUGCAAACUUCGACUUUUGGAUCUUCAUAUUUUCUAAAAUGAUCAGGGAUUUAUCUGUUUGUUUUAAAUUUUGUAUUUAUUUAUUUAUUUAUUUGGUUUUUGUACACUGUAAUAUUUAUAAGGCCUAUUUAAAAAAAGAAAACAAAAGCAAGAGUCUAUCCAUUUUAGAGGAUUUUUUUUCUAGCCCUGAGCUAUCUUUAUAUAUCUACUCCUUCAAUUAGCUAACAAUAUAUGACCCCCCCCCCCCCCCCCCCCCCAGAUGUCAGGGAAACCUGCUGCUGUUGUGAGAAGUUUCAAUACCUGUUUUUAUCUCAAGUCAUAUGCAGAUUAUGGACUGUGAACUCUCGGUGCUACUGUGUCUUACUCCCCUAUGACAAAGAGCCAGUUGCAUAAAUAUAUUUAAAGACUCGCCUAAGCUUUACACUUGUCUGAAGACAGUGUGUUGCAAAAAUAUUACUCAGUGACUUAUUUAAAGUCCCUAAAAACAGCGAAACAGAGAAAUAUGUUUGAGUUGUUAUUCAACACCUUAAACAAUGUGGCAAAUCAUUCGUCUGUUGUAAGAGCCUUAAAAAAUCGGCACAUCCGUGUUGACAGGAAAUUAAAUUCACAAUUUUGAAUAUUGAUUAAUUGUAAUUUAUGUCAUUCAGUGUUUCCAGCUUUACAAAUGUAGAGAUUUACAGCUUUUCUCUGUUGUUUUAUGGCUUUAAUCUGGAUACUGGAGGAUUUGGACUGUUGAUGGUUUAAGAAAAGCAAUGUACAGCAACUUCAAUGGACCUUUUCUACAAUUUUCUGAUAUUUCAUAGACUACUUUAUAUAUUGAAAAUAAAAAUAUAAAUUAAAGGGGGUUUCCCGCUGGGGAAAAUUCAUGUGCCACUAGGUGGAAGUGUUUUGUUAGCCAUCUUUUCUCCUCUGUCAAGUGGAGUCUAUUACCCACAGUCUGUUGUGCAGUUGGUUGUCAGUCUUUUAGCUCAGUCACUACUAAAUGUGAAACAUAUGAAGUUCAGUGUUUAUUGCAAGUGCAAGACAAGGUCUACCUUUGUGCAACUGGCUCCAGAUCGAAGAGGGUUUUUUUUUUUUUUGCCAUAUUUUGAAGCCAUACACUUGAUUAUGACAACAAUUGUUAACCAAUACAAUUAUUGCUUUAAAACAAAACAGUACUUUGGUGCAUAUGUCCCGGCCAAGUAUACCUGUGGUAGAAUAAACCACGUUUAACAUGGUGCUCCAUUUUAACAUGAAUAUGCUCCAGCUUUGCUCCCAUUAACCUCAUCAUAAUUCUUCUGCUGAUGCAUCUGUUGGGGAAAUUUCACUGUCUGAUGCUGAAAAACAGCUCGUGUAUGUUUUUGUAUUUUUAGCAGUCAUUGGAAGGUGUGAUGUGUACUGAAUGUGUUCAUGUUCUGAUUCUCAGCUGGACUGAGAUGAAUUAUGCUUAAAAUCAAUUGUUUAGCUGUCAGUUGUGAAGCUUAUGCCUUUAGGGUUGUAACCAUAAUUGCUGAGACACAUGCAACACUGGGAUAUUUCCAAACCACUGAUGCUGGUUUUGCUCUCAUGCUUUUGUAAUGGAAGUUUUUAAUGUUAGUACGGCUUAGGGGCACAGAAAGGUAGUGGUAUCUGCUGCAGCAUGAUUUACCUAAAUACUGAACUAAGUUUGUAUUGUACUGCACUUGGAUGUUCUUGUUCUCCUGUUGCUGCUUGAUUUGUGGUCCUAUACUGUAUCUAUGGUAAUAAACUACAAUCUUCCAGAA